UGAGCAAAACGUUGGAGCAAUUCCAUUUGGUAACACAGAUCAAAUGGAUUAAUGAUGUGCUAGUAAACGAAAAAAAAAUAUCCGGAUGUCUUGUGAACUUAUACUACCUGGAUGACUUUCCCUCGUUGCUAAACCGUUACGUAUGUGUGAUGAUUGGCAUAGGCAUUAACUUAACCCUAAGAGAUAAGAAUAACCUCCUGGGUAAUAACUACACUUGCGUGGAGAAGGAACUACAACGAGAUUUUAACAGCUUGUAUUUAAUGCCAUCAGUAGAGGAGGUCACGGAAAAGCUGAUCAACAAUUUGAAUGCAGUAUUGACCCAACUGAGAGAGGAGGGAUUUUCUUGCUUCCUGGAUUACAUAACACCGAGGCUUUUGUACAAAGACAGGAACGUCCUGGUCGAUACAGAUCACGAGUUGAUUGAUGGGCACCUCCAAGGGUUGCUCCACGACGGCUCUCUCCUACUCCUGCGGGGCAAGAACGAGCUCGUCCGCGUGAACACGGGGCACCUGCGCCUCUUCGAUGGCCGCACCGGCUGA